AUGAAGCUGCUCUUUGUACUUCUGGGACUCCUCUCGCUGGCCCUGGCCAAGUCGUUCAAGUCCGUCAUCAUUACUUUCCCCAAGGGCACGCCUUCCAACGUUAUUGACGAGGCGAAGGGGGGCGUCAUUACUCAUGAGUACCAUCUAAUCAAUGGAUUUGCUGCCGAGGCCCCGGUGACCUGUCUGGAGACUAUAUCAGCACAGUCGUCCGAGUAUAAUCCGACGAUCGAAGAAGACCAAAUCGUCUCUGCGAAUGGAAAAUAA